ACCCCGCGCCGACUUGCUUCGCAUGCGGCUUGGUGGCGUCGUCGCCACGCUGCCCAGCGACGACAGCGCGGAGCUCAUGGCAUCGUCCUCUGCGCCUCUCGGACUCGAGUUGCUCGUUCCCGCCGGCGUCGCACAGCUCGGCAUCGUCCGCGCCCGCAGCGAGUACGGCCUGACCGACGCCGACCUCCAAGGGCUGCCCCGCUCAGCGCAUCCCGGCGCUGGCGUCGUGUUCUCCGUCAAGGAUCUCGCUCGCGUCGCCAUCCUCAAGGGGUACCGCGAUCGCGGGCAGCGGGUCGUGCGUAUCACCAGGCCCGACGUCUCGCGGGCCGAGACGCUCUUCCUUCCCGUCGGCAUCAUGACCACGGUCGGCGAGGUAAAAGCCGUGAUGCCGGGACGCGCAGACCUCCUCGGGCGCCGGCCCGAGCUCUGGCUCCGGCCUGAGGAGCGGCGCGCUGGCGGGCCGAGCAGUGCGCCGCUGCACGGACCGGCACAGCGCUUGUGCGAGUUCAGGGCCGACGGUUCCGCGCAGACUCUCGUCGAGGCAGGCGUGCCCAACGAGGCGCUCCUCGAGCUGAGGCGCGCGACUGACCGCGAGGAGGCGGAGGUGGCGAGGCGCGCGGAGAAGGUCGCGGCGACGUCGCUGUGGGCGAUCGAGAUCGCGGCCGAGGAGGCGAAGAUGGCCCGCGAGGAGGAGAAGAAGCGGGCGCGGGCGCGGGAACAGAGGCGGGCGGAGAAAAAGGCUAGGCGGCAGCGACGGGAGCUGGAGAGGCUGCAGCAGGCGCGUGAGACUGAGAGGCAACAGCGGGAGCUCGCUCGAGCGAGCGAGCCCGAGCCCGGGCCGCAACGUGGGCAGAAACGCCGAGCACGUUCGCAGGGUUGGUGAGCCCGUUGCGCGGUGUGUGAUUGGUGUGGUUUGAGGUUUCGUGCGUGAGCGAGCAACCCGAGAGACGAGAGUCAGGAGCGCGCUUCGCCGCAAACGCUCGCGCACACGAUGCCAUUUUGUGUACGCAUGCAGAAAAAAGGAGCUCACAUCGC